AUGGACCAGUGGCAGAAUUAUUCUGAAUCAUCAGGUUCAAGAAGGUACAACGGAAACCCCCCACCAGCCCAUCCCCAAAUGGCUAGAGAUUAUAACGGGAACCCCCAAACCCAACCUCCAGCAGGUUUUACAUACGACCAAUAUCAAGGAGGUUUAGGAUCACAUCCUCAAUCUCUGGCAACUUCUCCUGCUAUUCCUCAGAUGACGGAUGGAAACGGAGAUGUGGCCAUGCAAGACUCUGGAGAUCAAUACAAUAUGAAAUAUCCUAUGCGCCCUCAUCACCAACAACAUCUUUCAGGCAGCCAAAGGUUAUCUCACCAAUCGCCGCAAGAACUAUCUGCGGCGGCUCAACGUUAUUCUCCAAUGGAGACUUUAUCACCCACAUCCCCGUAUGGCGCAACCCAACAGCAAAACCCAAAUCAAUACAUGUCACCACCGGGGGCUGGUAGCAGACAAUCUCCUUCGAAGAAUGCCUCGUAUACUUCACCAAACGCGUACUACCCUAAUCGUCAACAAUUACCACCAAUCCAGCCGUAUGCUUCUAAUUCUAACAAUGAAUCAUACCCAACUUCCGCGACCCAACAGCUGAAUGCCAUGUUUGGCAAUGAUCCAAAGUCUCCUCGGCGGUCAGUACCUCAGUCGGCGCAAGGUCCACCUGGAAGAGGACCAGUUCCUGAAUUUACAAAGAUUCGUUCUACAUCUGAUUUGCAACCAAAGGUUAAUGCGCAACCGGCGUUCCGUAGGGCUAAUCCAGAGGGCGGUUUCAUAAGUCCCCUUCAAGCUCUUACGAGCCAUCUCCCCUCUACCUAUCGGAUAUGCAACCCCAGCUUCAAGUACGAAUCCUCGCGGAAUCCCCGCAGAGUGCUCACAAAACCUAGCAAAGGUGUGAAGAAUGACGGAUUCGAUAACGAAGAUAGCGAUUAUAUACUUUAUGUGAAUGACAUUCUCGGGUCUGAGGAAACUACUCAUAAAAACCGCUAUCUCAUUCUUGAUGUUCUUGGGCAAGGAACCUUUGGACAAGUUGUCAAAUGUCAGAAUCUGAAGACUCAGGAAGUUGUUGCUGUAAAGGUGGUCAAGAAUAGAACUGCGUACUUUAACCAAAGUAUGAUGGAGGUUUCCGUUCUAGACUUGCUCAACACCAAGCUUGAUAAGAACGAUGAUCAUCAUCUGCUGCGGCUCAAAGAUACGUUCAUUCAUCGUCAACAUCUCUGUCUUGUUUUCGAGUUGCUCAGUGUGAAUCUGUACGAAUUGAUCAAGCAAAAUCAGUUCCGAGGCUUGAGCACCACACUGGUGCGAGUUUUUGCCCAACAACUUUUAAACGGGUUGAGUUUGCUGAAUAAAGCGCGACUCAUUCAUUGCGAUUUGAAGCCAGAAAACAUUUUACUCAAGAACCUCGAAAGUCCCAUCAUCAAGAUCAUCGAUUUUGGAUCAGCCUGUGACGAACGUCAAACAGUAUACACAUACAUCCAGUCGAGGUUUUACAGAUCCCCCGAGGUAUUACUUGGCUUACCAUAUUCGUCAGCUAUCGAUAUGUGGUCAUUAGGCUGUAUUGUUGUUGAAUUGUUCUUGGGUCUCCCUCUAUUUCCAGGAUCCUCUGAAUACAACCAAGUUUCCCGAAUAGUGGAGAUGUUGGGAAACCCACCAAACUGGAUGCUUGAGAUGGGGAAGCAAUCUGGAGACUUCUUCGAGAAGAGGCACGAUGUAGAUGAUUAUGGCAGAAGAACAUACCAUCUCAAAUCUAUGGAGCAGUAUUCUCGCGAGCAUGGAUCAAAGGAGCAACCAAGUAAAAAAUACUUCCAAGCUACCACCCUUCCGGAGAUUAUUCGUUCUUAUGCGAUGCCACGGAAGAAUAUGAAGCCAAACGAAAUUGAGCGAGAAAUGAACAACAGAGUUGCUUUCAUCGACUUCGUUCGUGGUCUACUCAAUAUCAAUCCUUUGGAGCGCUGGUCUCCACAACAAGCCAAGCUCCAUCCAUUCAUUACCCAACAAAAGUUCACCGGUCCAUUCGUUCCACCAAUGAAUCUCAAGUCAAGUGCUAUAAAUAGAUCUCCUGCUCCAGGAACGACGCAGCAGCAGCAGGCUGAAGCAUUGAGUAAGCAACGAGCCCAGGCAGCUCAAGCUCAAGCCCAUUCGCAGGCUCAGUCUGCAGCUCAUGCUUCAUACAAUGCAGGUGUCCUGGUCAAUCCAUAUAACCAAGCGCCACCAAACCAGCAGCACCCGCCGAUGUUCAACAAUAACAAUAUGUACACUCCAAACUCCAACCAUCAGGCCCCUCACCAGGCUCCUCACCAGGCUCCUCACCAACCCGCCCCACCUCCAUACCCCACACAACAAGGGUAUAACCAAAUGGGAAUGAUGGGGCAACCACCAACACAGAUGCCACCAGCGCAGUAUGGAGCUGGUCCUUCACAGCAACAGCCAAGUCUCUAUCAGCAGGCUACUGUGAGGUCUGGAAGGCAGCGAGCAUCGACAAUGGAAGUUCAACAGGGAGGUAUACCUGUGACGAUACAAAGAGUUGCGAGUCAUCUUGACCCUAGUCAACCUAUUCGUUUACAACCCAGCCCUGCGUAUUAUCCACCUCCACCUGAUGGAGUUCCCGAUGGAAAUCCUGGUAGUGCACGAAGAAGGGGAAGUAGAGCUGCUCAAGGUGGACAAGCACCUACCAGAAAUCGAGAUUUCAUCCGAAAUCUAGAAGAUCGAACCUUGGAGGAAGGGUUCAUGGGACAGAGCCAAUGGCACUGA